AUGCAGAGAUGGGUGUUCUCGCUCCGUUUGCACCCCGAGCGCAGAGCACACCUCAACCGGCAGAUAACGGUUUCCCUCCCAUGCAUCCGCGCGCUACUGACGUGGCGGGACCCCGCACUACUGUCACAGGGAGCCCCACUGGGGCUCAUCGUGACACGACGUGUGGUGACAACGGAUGCGUCGCUGAGUGGCUGGGGCGCCACUCUGGGGGAUCUGGCUGUGGGUGGUGUUUGGACGGAAAACCAAUGUCAGCUUCACAUCAACGUCCUGGAGCUGACAACAGUGUUCCUAGCGCUAAAGCAUUUCCUGCCUUUGCUGCGCCAUCACCACGUUUUAGUCCGUACGGACAACACAGCAGUAGUGGCAUACAUAAAUCACCAAGGGGGCCUGCGUUCACCCGAACCCGUCAGCGUGGAACCUACACGCCUUCCACGUGAAAGGGACACAUUAAGAGCAAUAGGUCUGCCACCGAAUGUUAUUGCAACUAUUCAGAGUGCCAGAGCUCCAUCUACGAGAUCUGUGUACGAUAUGAAGUGGAGGGCGUUUGAGAGAUGGUGUGUUCAGAAGGGCGUUAUCCCCUUUCAGUGUUCUAUCACCAAUGUACUUACGUUCCUUCAGGAAUUAUUCGAGAAGGGACUGGCCUAUUCUACACUUAAGGUCUACCUGUCAGCGAUUUCAGCAUGCCAUGUAGGCUACGAUGGUGUAUCUCCGGGAGCGCACCCCCUGGCUAACAGAUUUCUGAAGGGCGCUCGACGCCUUCGACCUGCUGUGCGCUCGACCGUUCCCUCUUGGGACCUCUCCUUGGUGCUGAACGCGCUCUCCCAAGCCCCGUUCGAGCCCCUACAGACUGCAAGCAUUAAGGUCCUCUCGUACAAAACUGCCCUCUUGCUGGCCCUUGUCUCAGCUAAAAGGGUGAGCGAGAUCACUGCUCUCUCUAUACACCCCUCCUGUAUGGAAUUCAGUGCGGAUAAUAAUAAUGUCACGCUUCGGCCCAAUGUAGCGUUUAUUCCUAAAGUGUCUAUGUUGUACGGCAGCUGCGAUCUACAACUGACGUCUUUCAACCCCCCUCCUUUCUCCUCGCAGGAACAGGAGAGGUUACAUUACCUCUGCCCGGUCCGGGCAUUACGCUUGUACAUGGACAAAACUUCUUCAUUCAGGCGUACCGACCAACUAUUUGUUUGCUUUGCAACUAAUUCUAAGGGACAGGCGCUCUCGACACAGAGGCUGUCCCAUUGGAUUGUUGAUGUGAUUGCAAUGGCCUAUCGGGCCUCGGGGAAAGACCCCCCUGCUCUCAGAGCUCACUCUACGAGAGGUGUCGCCGCGUCUUGGGCCGCAUUUAGAGGAGUGCCUGUCCAGACUGUUUGCGCUGCUGCGGGUUGGGUUUCACCGCACACCUUCGUAAAACACUAUCGCCUUGAUGUUACAGCGUCCACGGUGGCUCACGCUGUCCUUGAGGCGGGGGGAUCAAGACCUGUGUGAACUGCUUUGCACUUUCAGCGUGGUUUUUCACUCCCGUUAUUUUUUACUGGUUGGGAAUGAGCAUUCAGGGGCGUAUUUAAAACUCCCAUAGAGUCACAGUCUGUGU